AUGCAGGUGGCUUCAGACCUCAAGGAGAAACUCCGCGACCCACACUUCGUGGCCAUGCGCUGCGAUCUUGACAGCUCCGGUGAUUUGGAUGCGCACGAGCUGAAGCAGGCGGCGCGGGUCUUCGGGAUGAGACCCUCGGAAGAAGAGCUGCGCAAUCUCAUGGCCGGCCAGCAGCGAAUCACGAAGGAGCAGUUUGCGGAGAUCGUCCAUGACUUUCGACAAAGGCCUGAAUCAGCGCAGUCCCAGCGAGUGGUUCCACACUCGCUGCGGGGCAUGGCCUUGGGCCAGCUGGAGCAUUUAGAGGAACUCUUCGUGAAGUCUGGUUGGCUGGCCAGACAAUGCGACACCUUCAAUGAAGACAACGCCCAAGCGAUCCUGGCUGGAGAGAUUAAGUUCCCACAGGCACCGAACCUGUAUGCGCUGGACACCUACGUGGUGACACCGAUGUCGAAGCCGGGGCCAUGCGCAGCCCGUGAUCAGGACUCCAAUCGCUCCAUACCUUGGGCAGUCCUGAAACUUGCAUGCAAAAACAACUGGAUUCUCACCGUUUUUUACUCCACUGAGUUCAUGGAUGAUGUGCAUGCGCAAGAGCGCUCCAGAUUUGAGGCAAUCGUCUUUUUCCGAGCUGCUGAAUCCCCACGGCAGCACGCUUACGGCACUCCGAUUGUGGGCUACAAAGCAUUUUUCCAACUUCGCUCAGAGCAAAUUUCGAACAUUCAUCUUCACUUCUCUCCUCCCAUAUGUCUGUUCGCUCUCAACCAACACGCGGUGGCCGACGAAGUUGGGGAAAAGCCCAUGCAGGGGCCGUUCAAUGCAGCAUUAGCGCAAGCAACGGGGGGCGCUGUGAUGGUGCUUGACCAAAGCGUGAACCCGUUCAAGCGCAUCUGGUGUCUUUUCGAAGUGUCGCGCCUCCGAGAAUUGCAACGACCCUUCGAGCUGAUCUGCGAUUUGGGCUCAUUGUCAGAUUCAGCUGGCCUGGUUCGUGGCUCAAAGGCAGAGCAACUCGAGAUCCAGCAGGCGACCUGUGAAGCCUUGUGGAACGUAUCGGUGAGCAAGGCCCAGAGCUCAAAAGAGGCCGACAAGUUCCGCAUCUGGGCGGAGGUUGGGAGUGGUGUGAAGCAAAACAUCUGCGGAUCGGAUGCAGAAAGGUUUUUCCGUCAGGUGACCACUGAACAUGGAAUUGACUAUCUCGAUUCCACAUGUUUCGCGGCCUUCAACCGCCACAUGCGCUCGCUGCUUUCCACGAGCCUCCUUCAGAAUUUGCUGGGCUCUUCCGAUUUCAAGGCGGCUGCCCGGUGCUGCGCCCAUGGAGCAUCUCCCAAUGAAGAGCAAUUGGAGAAGCUCUGGGCCAGUUUCGAUAGCGAAGAGGACAGAGGAGUUUGGCUGGGUCAAAUGCUGUCUCAAACCGCAUGCGCUGGGAAUGCAUCACUUCUGCAUCUUCUUCUGGAGCUCGGCGCUGAUGCCGGGUACACUCUCAGCGAUGAUGACAUGACAAACCUGUCAUGUCUGGGAGCCCGAAAUGGCCAUGAACCAGUCGUGAAGCUGCUGCUGGAACAUGGAGCUGAUGCCGGUGCAGCAGCCAAUGAUGGAGGCACAGCGCUGAUGUGUGGAGCCCAAAAUGGCCAUGAAACAGUUGUGAAGCUGCUGCUGGGACAUGGAGCUGAUGCCAGUGCAGCACGCAAUGAUGGAGUGACAGUGCUGAUGAAUACAGCUCUUGGUGGCCAUGAACCAGUUGCGAAGCUGCUGCUAGAACAUGGAGUUGAUGCAACGGCAGCAAGCAAUGAUGGAGCGACAGCGCUGAUGCUUGCAGCCGUAAAUGGCCAUGCACCAGUUGUGAAGCUGCUGCUGGAACAUGGAGUUGAUGCAACGGCAGCAACCAAUGAUGGAGCGACAGGCUUGAUGCUUGCAGCCGAAAAUGGCCACGAAUCUGUGGUGAAGCUGCUGCUGGGACAUGGAGCUGAUGCCAGUGCAGCACGCAAUGAUGGAGUGACAGUGCUGAUGAGUGCAGCUCUUGGUGGCCAUGUUGUGAAGCUGCUGCUGGAACAUGGAGUUGAUGCAACGGCAGCAACCAAUGAUGGAGCGACAGGCUUGAUGCCUGCAGCCGAAAAUGGCCACGAAUCUGUGGUGAAGCUGCUGCUGGAACAUGGAGCUGAUGCCGGUGCAGCAGCCAAUAAUGGAGAGACAGGCUUGAUGCCUGCAGCCAAAAAUGGCCAUGAAACAGUUGUGAAGCUGCUGCUGGAACAUGGAGCUGAUGCCGGUGCAGCAGACAAUACUGGAGCGACGGUCCUGAUGCAUGCAGCUCUUGGUGGCCAUGACUCAGUCGUGAAGCUGCUGCUGGAACAUGGAGCUGAUGCCAGUGCAGCACGCCAUGAUGGAGCGACGGUCCUGAUGCAUGCAGCUCUUGGUGGCCAUGACUCAGUCGUGAAGCUGCUGCUGGAACAUGGAGUUGAUGCAACGGCAGCAACCAAUGAUGGAGCGACAGCGCUGAUGCUUGCAGCUUGUGGUGGCCAUGACUCAGUCGUGAAGCUGCUGCUGGAACAUGGAGCUGAUGCCGGUGCAGCAACCAAUAAUGGAGGGACAGCGCUGAUGUGUGCAGCCGAAAAUGGCCAUGAACCAGUCGUGAAGCUGCUGCUGGAACAUGGAGCUGAUGCCGGUGCAGCAGCCAAUGAUGGAGGCACAGCGCUGAUGCUUGGAGCCCAAAAUGGCCAUGAAACAGUUGUGAAGCUGCUGCUGGGACAUGGAGCUGAUGCCAAUGCAGCACGCCAUGAUGGAGUGACAGUGCUGAUAUCUGCAGCCGAAAAUGGCCACGAAUCUGUGGUGAAGCUGCUGCUGGGACAUGGAGCUGAUGCCAGUGCAGCAUCCAAUGAUGGAGUGACAGUGCUGAUGAAUGCAGCUCUUGGUGGCCAUGACUCAGUCGUGAAGCUGCUGCUGGAACAUGGAGCUGAUGCCAGUGCAGCAGCCAAUGAUGGAGUGACAGCCCUGAUAGAUGCAGCUCAUGGUGGCCAUGACUCAGUCGUGAAGCUGCUGCUGGAACAUGGAGCUGAUGCCAGUGCAGCAACCAAUGAUGGAGUGACAGUGCUGAUGAAUGCAGCUCUUGGUGGCCAUGAACCAGUUGCGAAGCUGCUGCUAGAACAUGGAGCUGAUGCCAGUGCAGCAACCAACAUUGGGGAGACAGCCCUGAUGAAUGCAGCCACACUUGGCCAUGAACGGGUGGCAAAGCGGCUGCUCGAGCACCGAGCCGAUCCUAUGGCAGCAUGCCAUGAUGGGAUAACAGCACUGGCGGCUGCAGCACAAGCUGCCCAUGAACCUAUCGUGAAGCUACUGCUGGAGCAUGGAGCUGAUGCCGGGGCAGUAGACAAAAAUGGGCCGGCUGCAGCCAGUCUGGCUGCCGCUUUAGGUGGGCAUGAGCCGACGGUGAAGCUGCCAUUUCAGCACGGAGCUGAUGCCAGGACGGAAAAAGAUGGGGUGACAGUGCUGAUGCGUGCAGCCAUAGGCGGUCACGAGGCUGUGGUGAAACGACUGCUUGAGCAUGGCGCUGAUGCCAGGGAGAAGGACAGCGAAGGGGAGACAGCAUUAAUGCUUGCAGCUCAAAGUGGGCAUGACUCUGCGGUGAAGCUGCUGCUCGAGAAUGGAGCUGACGCUGCGGCAGCAACACAACUUGGUGUCACAGCACUGAUGCUCGCAGCUGCACAUGGCCAUGAAUCUGUGGUGAAGCUGCUGCUCGAGAAUGGAGCCGAUGCGAGGGCAGCAAGCAAUUUUGGGUCAACCGCCCAAGUGGCUGCAGCUCGAGGUGGUCAUGGAAGUGUUGCAGGGCUCCUGUCUCAGCAUUUAAUUGACACGGCACCCAAUGAUGAGAUGGGAUUCUUGGCCCUGCUUUCCCAGCUUUUCGUUGAUUCUUCCGCCGCGACCACUACGAGUUGA